UUCUGUGCUUCUUAGCCACACCUCUGCUGGUGCAGAUGUGGUCAUUGUUGGUGGUGACCUCAACAUGCACCCUCAGGACCUUGGGAACAGACUACUGAGGGCUUACACUGGACUGCAAGACUCUUAUUUAGAAACGGCUAAAUUUGAUGGAUGUGAGAAUGGUAUGACUCUUAUAGCAGACAACCCUUUUAUUAGUAAAAAGGAGCUUGUACCCUUUGAAAAGGGGAUUCGAAUCGACUACAUACUAUUUAAGGGUUCUUCAAAAGCCGACGUCCAUUGUGAUUCCAUGUCCACUACCAAAGGCUCCGUUCCCAACCGUCCUUUCCCAUACUCCGACCAUGAAGCUCUCACUGCUGAACUGAGGCUGGAGCUGCACACUCCGGCUGAAACAGGAAGUGACGGAAAAUUGAAGAAUAAGGACUCUACUACAGGGAAACUGGCUGAACUGGUUGACAUUGUGACUGAGGCCCGCACUGAAGUCAAAGUGGGCUUGCACUGUGCUGAGAGGAUGCGCUACACAGCAGCACGCACUGGAGUGAUGGGGCUGGCUCUGCUGUUCCUGGAGCUGGUCAUCGCCGCGGUGCCCUACUUAGCUCUGGGAGCAGAACAGCCUUUCCCUCGUACCUCCUUCUACCUGCUGGCUGUGCUGUGCUUUGCCAUUCUGCUGACCACCUCCAUGUUGUACAUCUUUUACACAAUGGAGCUGAAAUCACUUCAGGGGGCUGAAGACCAGAUGAGGCUGGGUAUAGGUAGUCUGCAAGAGAAGCUUAAGGGCUUUUGUCUAGCUCAACUUCAUAAUCCCUCAGGAAGGCCCCCAGAGGUUCAGGAGCCCGGUGCCUUUGAGCCAGAGGAGUAAUGCAGAGGCCAAGAAUGUCAAAGUGGUAAAGGCGACUUUGAAGUCACUUUUAUAGUGAACAUGUGAGGAGCUUUGCUCCCCUGAAUAUUUUAGUUUUGGAGAUUUAUAUUCAUAUUGCAGAAUCAAUCAUAAUUGAAAUGCUUCUCUGAAAGUAGUGCAGGGCACAUGCAUUGACAUUAUAUACUUUUAUAUAGAGAUCUGUAGGCUUUUAUUACACCUAGAUUUCACUUGAUGUACCUAGAAUAUACAAAUGUACUGUAAUGCUUCUGUGCUGUUAUGCUGAAGGUCAUUAAGUCUGACCAUUUGUGUUUUUUAGCCUCAGGUCCGAUUUGCAUUCCACCCACCAGUAGAUUCACCGGGACCAUUUUUUUCUGUUUUUAAUUUAAUGC